AUGGAUCCAACAUUUUUUGUCAUCCCCUGUGUCCUGUCUCCGCCCGAGUACCAGGAAGUACGCAAUGCCUAUUACUUGGCAUUAUUAUCUCGUCUCCCCCCUACGCGCACGUUUCCUCGCGUCGUUGAACGGCGAGCGUAUAGGGCAUAUAAACGCUGGGAUUUGGCAAAACGCCGCCUGGUGACUGAGAUGGAGGAUUUUGGCGCUGGCCAUGGCCACUUAUACAAACUCUCUCGCGCAGAGAUAAGGGCCCUGAGGCGUAUUGUCUCGCGACUAAUUGUUGCGGAAUAUCAUCAUUGCGCUAGGCGAGCAAAAUUUCUCCGCGAUUUCCCCUGGGCGUUCGGCAGCUUGAAUCGCCGACAGAAACAUAAGGAUUUGCUCGAAGAGCACGUUGCCGACUUGGAGACAUAG